GAAUGCGAUGAACGGGUCCCCCCAUAAGUGCUGUAAAAAGAACAUUAUCAGACGGUGGUAAGAGCAACAGACAGUAAAUCAGCCAGAAAAUGAGUCCGAUAGAUGGAAACACAGGGGUGGAUGAGGCAACCGAGGCAAGCGAGGACGAGAGGAAGCGACUAGAAGCCCUCUUCCAGAAACUUAUCCCAGCUUUCAUAUUCGGAGUACUACUCCUAGUGUGCGUGGUUGCAAUGGCGUGUCGAAACAUCGUGCGGUACUUCUCUGGCUACGAGCCAGAUCAGGAGGAAAUGCUGGAUGGGCUGGACGGGCUGGACGGCGAGGACAAUCAGAACAAUAUUAGUAGCUACAAGCUGAGUGAAAAUUUAGAGGACACUAUCAGCCCACAGAACGCCAAACAACUGGUUGUAGAUAGCAAAAUGACUGACGUCAUCUACACGUGAAGGGAGGGUUGAAUACUCCCUGAGAGUCUUAUUGUAAAUGAGAGAGAAAGAGAGAGUUGUCGUGGUCACAUGCACGCGGGCCCCAGGAAAUUUGGCAGAUUGAGUUGCAGCUAGGAAUGAGAGGAUGGUAGUGUUACCAUAGUUACACUGCCAUAUAAGGUCAUGUCACUGUAGUGACAGGAAAAUAAUGAGAACCACAUUGUUAAACUUUAGGAUCUCCAAAACUUUAAUGUUUGCCAUUAUCUACGAGCUCAUAUUUGUUCCACAAGGAAAUGUUGUUUGAGUGAUGUUUUCUCUUUUUUUUCUCGGGCUGGAUCAACAUUCGACAAGCCAGGGAAAUUUUGUACGAUGGCUAGGGAAAUUAAAAUUCUUAUAUUUUAACAGACUUUUUAAUAUGAUUCAUUAUAUGAAAGACGGUACUAACGAACUUGAAGCGGUGUUUUUAACCGACUUACUUAACAUAAUAGCAAGUCAUUUGAAAGUAUAAAUUUUAUACAUUUAUAAUAGAACCCAAA